UGGGGUCAUGUACUUUAAUUGCAAAUGACCCACACACUCCUUCAUAAUUAUCAGCUCCGUUAGAGUCCUUUCUGCCUCUCAUUUCCCUUUCCUCCAUUUUCCUUUUUCACUUCUUCACUACCCAAGUUUCUCUCAACUCCAUACUCCAAAAUGGAAAAGGAGAAAAUUUCGAGUGCACCAAAGCGUGCAGUGUGCACAUGCAUCACCAUCUUCCUCCUCUUAGUCGGCAUCACUCUACUCGUUCUCUGGCUUGUCUACCGUCCACACAAGCCUCGCUUCGUGGUGGUCGGCGCCGCCAUCUACGGCCUCAAUACAACCACGCCACCCCUCAUGUCAGCCACCAUGCAGUUCACCGUCCUCAUUAGGAACCCAAACAGGCGCGUCUCCGUUUACUAUGACAGGUUCUCUGCCUUCGUCUCCUACAGGAACCAAGCCAUAACGCCCCAGGUAUUGCUGCCACCGCUGCACCAGGAGAAGCACAGCACGGUGUCGGUGUCGCCGGUGAUCGGAGGCACGGCGGUUCCGGUGUCGGUGGAGGUUUCAAAUGGGUUGAUGGUGGACGAGGCUUAUGGUGUGGUGGGUCUGAAGCUGAUAUUUGAGGGUAGGGUGAGGUGGAAGGCUGGGGCCAUUAAAACUGCGCAUUAUGGACUCUAUGUUAAGUGUGACUUAUUGAUGGGUUUCAAGAAAGGUUUUAUGGGUCAAGCUCCUCUUCUCGGAGCUCAACCUUGCGAUGUUGAUGUAUGAUUAUGAUUGUGAUUAUGAAGCUCCCUAGUCUCUAUCUAACUGUAAUAAUCCGCAAUAUGCUAUUCUUCCUCUUCGAACAUGUUAUUAUUGUUAUUAUUUUCUUUCUAACCAGCAAUAAUAUAUACGAGUUUG